GAUUCCCCAGAUACAGUGGCAGAAGUUGGAUAUUCUGGAGAAGCCCGUGAAUGGGGAGUACCAAAGUCUUCCUGGUACAGAGAGCCCAGGAUCCAGACCCAGGACUGAGAAGGAGAGGAACAAGGUUGCUAGAGGCACUGGGAGCCUCUCACCAAGGGGCAGCCUCGGUUUGCCUCCAUCAUUCAAUAGCUUCUUAAUGCAAUUGAUCUUCAUCCGAGGGCAAUGGGCCUUUGUACACAAGAGAAGUAUUAAUCCUAUCAACUUCUAUAUGAGAGAUCCAGUUGUCAUCAGUAUCCAGGGAGCCCUCCUCUUCCUCCUCCUCCUCCUGCCGCCUCUCUACCACCACGGUUGCUGGUUGUUGCUAAGGUUGCCUCCAUGGUAACAUGCACAUCCUGUUUACACCUCCAUCUGGGCAAGUCGGUCUAAGCUAGGAACCUACCUACCCUGGACGGCCGCUUCCAUCGCCACCUGGGGACACCAAUCAUCGCGACGCGUGGUCCGGCUUCCACUCGGCUCCCCCAUCUUCCUCCUCCUCUCACUGCCAAGCUUCGUACGCAAAGUAGGAUCUGGGCUUGAGGCUGCUGCUCUGAAGCUUAUUGCACAAGAUCCAGUCGAUCUGUUUCCUGACCAGGCCCCAGAGAAGCACGAGGUAGGAAGAAGCGAGGCCGGGAGGCCAGAGAGCCUGGUCGGCCGGAGGGAAGCCCCGUCCUCUCGGUCCGAGGGCUCGGUGACAGCCGGCGACAUGACGAGCCCCGCAGAACGUGCCCUGCCGGCCAACUCGCCGGGCGAGAGCCGCGAGGGGGACUUUGGCUGCACGGUGAUGGACCUGAGGAAGCUCAUGGAGCUGCGCUCGGGGGACGCGAUAGACCAGAUCCACGCCCACUACGGAGGCGUGGCGAAUCUGUGCAGCAGGCUGAAAACCAACCCCGUGGAAGGUCUAUCUGGGAACCCUGCAGAUCUGGAGAGACGUAAGCAAGUGUUUGGACAGAACUUGAUCCCCCCCAAAAAACCCAAGACCUUCUUAGAACUAGUGUGGGAAGCCCUUCAAGAUGUCACACUCAUCAUUCUGGAGAUUGCAGCCAUCAUCUCCCUGGUCCUGUCCUUCUACCGCCCCCCUGGUGAAGAGAAUGAGCAGUGUGGUCUAGCUGUAAGUACCCCGGAAGAUGAAGGGGAGGCAGAAGCUGGCUGGAUUGAGGGGGCGGCCAUCCUGUUCUCUGUGAUCAUCGUGGUGCUUGUGACUGCCUUCAAUGAUUGGAGCAAAGAGAAGCAAUUCCGGGGGCUGCAGAACCGCAUUGAAAAGGAGCAGAAGUUCUCCAUUAUCCGAAAUGGUCACAUCAUCCAGCUCCCCGUGGCUGAGAUCGUGGUGGGCGACAUCGCCCAAAUCAAAUAUGGUGACCUGCUGCCUGCAGAUGGGAUCCUGAUCCAGGGGAAUGAUCUCAAGAUUGAUGAGAGUUCUCUGACUGGGGAAUCGGACCAUGUCAAGAAGUCCCUGGAAAGAGACCCCAUGUUGCUCUCAGGCACUCACGUCAUGGAAGGUUCUGGCCGGAUGGUAGUGACUGCUGUGGGUGUCAACUCCCAGACUGGAAUCAUCUUUACCCUCUUGGGGGCCAGUGAGGGAGAAGAGCAGGAGAAGAAGAAAAAAGGUAAAAAACAAGGAGUCCCUGAAAAUCGCAACAAAGCAAAGACUCAGGAUGGAGUGGCCCUGGAGAUCCAGCCACUCAACAGCCAGGAGGGGAUGGACAAUGAGGAGAAGGAGAAAAAGGCGGCCAAGCUGCCCAAAAAGGAGAAGUCAGUGCUGCAGGGCAAGCUGACCCGCCUGGCCGUGCAGAUCGGGAAGGCAGGUCUGAUCAUGUCUGCCAUCACAGUCCUCAUUCUGAUUCUGUACUUUGUGAUUGACAACUUCGUGAUACAGCGCAAACCGUGGCUGGCCGAGUGUACUCCCAUCUACAUCCAGUACUUUGUCAAGUUCUUCAUCAUCGGCGUCACCGUACUGGUGGUGGCUGUGCCAGAGGGGCUGCCACUGGCUGUCACCAUUUCCCUGGCCUAUUCUGUGAAGAAAAUGAUGAAAGACAACAAUCUGGUACGGCACUUGGAUGCUUGUGAGACGAUGGGCAACGCCACAGCCAUCUGCUCUGAUAAGACAGGCACGCUGACCAUGAACCGCAUGACUGUGAUCCAGGCUUAUGUCGGGGACACUCAUUACCAUCAGAUCCCAAGCCCUGAUGUCCUCGUGCCCAAGGUCCUGGACCUUGUUGUCAAUAGCAUUUCUAUCAACAGCGCCUAUACCUCCAAGAUUCUGCCUCCAGAGAAGGAGGGCGGCCUGCCGCGGCAGGUGGGCAACAAGACCGAGUGUGCCCUGCUGGGCUUUGUCACGGACCUGAAGCAGGAUUACCACGCGGUGCGCAGCGAGGUGCCCGAGGAGAAGCUCUACAAGGUCUACACCUUCAACUCGGUGCGCAAGUCCAUGAGCACCGUCGUCGAGAAGCCCGGCGGCUACCGCAUGUACAGCAAGGGCGCCUCCGAGAUCAUCCUGCGCAAGUGUAAUCGAAUCUUGGACAAGAAAGGGGAAGCAGUGCCAUUCAAGAAUAAGGACCGAGACGAGAUGGUGCGCACUGUCAUUGAGCCCAUGGCCUCUGACGGACUUCGGACUAUCUGUAUAGCUUACCGGGAUUUCAGUGAUGUAGAGCCCCCGUGGGACAAUGAGAACGAAAUCCUCACGGAACUGACCUGUAUCGCGGUGGUGGGCAUUGAGGACCCCGUGCGCCCAGAGGUACCAGAAGCUAUUGCCAAAUGCAAACGAGCUGGCAUUACUGUCAGAAUGGUGACAGGUGACAACAUCAACACAGCCCGGGCCAUCGCCACCAAAUGUGGCAUUUUGACGCCUGGGGAUGACUUCCUGUGCUUAGAAGGCAAAGAAUUCAACCGACUCAUCCGCAAUGAGAAGGGCGAGGUAGAACAAGAAAAGCUGGACAAGAUCUGGCCUAAGCUUCGAGUUCUAGCACGAUCUUCCCCCACUGACAAGCACACGCUGGUGAAAGGCAUCAUUGACAGCACUGUUGGGGAGCAGCGGCAGGUGGUGGCUGUCACUGGAGAUGGCACAAAUGAUGGGCCUGCACUGAAGAAAGCAGAUGUUGGUUUUGCCAUGGGUAUUGCAGGCACAGAUGUGGCAAAGGAGGCAUCAGACAUCAUCCUAACAGAUGACAACUUCACCAGCAUCGUGAAGGCAGUGAUGUGGGGACGAAACGUCUAUGACAGCAUCUCGAAGUUCCUGCAGUUCCAGCUCACUGUCAAUGUGGUGGCCGUGAUCGUGGCCUUCACUGGAGCCUGCAUCACUCAGGAUUCCCCACUGAAAGCUGUACAGAUGCUGUGGGUUAAUCUCAUCAUGGACACUUUUGCCUCACUGGCCCUGGCCACCGAGCCCCCUACAGAUGCUCUGUUGAGGCGUCGCCCGUAUGGCCGAAAUAAGCCUCUGAUCUCCCGGACUAUGAUGAAGAACAUCUUGGGGCAUGCAGUCUAUCAGCUCGCGGUCAUCUUUGCCCUUGUCUUUGCCGGUGAGAAAUUCUUUGACAUUGACAGCGGGAGGAAGGCCCCUCUGCACUCGCCGCCCAGCCAGCACUACACCAUUGUCUUCAACACCUUCGUGCUGAUGCAGCUCUUCAACGAGAUCAACUCCCGCAAGAUCCACGGGGAGAGGAAUGUCUUCGCGGGCAUCUUCCACAACCUCAUCUUCUGCUCUGUGGUUGUGGGCACAUUCGUCUGCCAGAUUUUCAUCGUGGAAUUUGGGGGUAAACCCUUCAGUUGUACGAGGCUCACUCUGUCCCAGUGGUUUUGGUGUCUCUUCAUUGGUAUUGGAGAACUGCUGUGGGGCCAGGUAAUCUCCACGAUACCCACCCAAUCCCUGAAGUUCCUGAAGGAGGCUGGGCAUGGCACCACUAAAGAGGAGAUCACCAAGGAUGCUGAGGGACUGGACGAGAUUGACCAUGCAGAGAUGGAGCUGCGCCGAGGCCAGAUCCUCUGGUUCCGAGGCCUAAACCGUAUCCAGACUCAGAUCAAAGUGGUCAAAGCGUUCCAUAGUUCCCUCCACGAAAGCAUUCAGAAACCCAAGAACCAAAACUCCAUCCACAGCUUCAUGACCCACCCUGAAUUCACCCUAUGUGAGGAAGGGCCACGAACACCACUCCUGGAUGAGCAAGAGGAGGAAAAUCUUGAAAAGUUUCCUAAGUCUGGGACUAGGGUGCUCCUGCUGGACGGAGAGGUCACUCCAUAUGCCAACAAAAACAACAAUGCGGUGGACUGCAGCCAAGUCCAGAUGGGUGCCUCCCUCUCGGACAGUCGCCUGCACAGCCUGGAGACGUCAGUUUGAACUGCAUUCUCUGACUCCCGUUUCUGCUUUCCCUGUUUCCUUUUUCAUCUGUCCUGUCCGUAAGGUGAGGAUGGGACUUUCACUGUCAUGUCAGCUGCUCCCAAGUGUGUGUGAACCCCCACCUGACCGUGAAGAGGCAAGAGCACACACCUACCGGGAUUUCAACUUAAACUUGAGUUGAGGUUUGUAGCAGGACCCAGUCAAACCCCAGGCAGGUAAUGAAUGGUGGAAUCUACUUCUUGGGUGUAUCAGUUGUCAUUUUUAAAGAAAUAAUGACAAUCCUCUUGGCAUCCAUCUCAACCCAAAUUUCCCCCCAGUAUUCGUAUAUGUGUCACCGUCUUCUGACUUCUGGAUUUUACCCUAUGAGUCUGUGCCAUUUAUAAGCUCAGUUGAGGGUUCAGAAAGACAAAUAUCCUCAAAUGUAAUGUAUUGAGGUAGGAAUGGAACAUAUAGAAUCAGCCUGCAAAGUGAUUGUUUUUAAAAUGAUUUUUCCUCUUUGAAAACUUCUACCUAAAGCCUUCGAGCUCUUCUGCGCUUUCAGUCAGACCUCCCUACGGUUCUUUGGGUCUUUUCUGACCAUUGCCUUCCUUACCUUCACUUUCUCUCUCUCUCUCUUUUUUUUUUUUUUAACUUGUGAUGAUUAGGAAAGUAGAGCGUGAAUGAAUUGUCAACUUUGGCCGUCAUCCCCUUCUGGCCCCAGUGGAACCCUUGUUUUAGUUCUAAAGGAGAUAAGUUUCUUUGCUAAAAGGGUGCUUUUGAAGCAAUGGAGAGCUGGUAAGAAUGUGUUCCUGUUGUUGCCAGGUUACCUUCCACUUCCAAACCACCAUCCUGUCUUGUGUGUGGUUUGUAAGUGCCGGGGAGCUCAGCCUUGACCAUGAAGCUUGCAUAUGUGUGGCAUGUAGUUUUUACCAUGAGCCUGAGCUUUCUCCUAUUCCUAAAGUGGUGGCAAAAGAAUGAAUAGAGGACGACCCUGCCUCCUAACUGGACUUGAUAUUGAGGACCAGAAGCUGGCAGGUCUAGGACAAGACAGACCAUCAAAGUCAAUUCUUGUGGGUCCUCCUUGGGAUGACCACAACUGCUCGAAAGCCAUCCACCAGUGCUCUUCCAAGGCAGGAGCUGAUAGUUGGGGGGGGUGAGUAUUGAAAAGCCUUGGGAGAGGCCAAAGGGCCAUCCCAGCAGUAUCUGAGAAACCAGAAACCGUGAGCUUCAGUGUGAGUACCAGCUUAGACAUUCCCUUCAGUUUUCUCAUUCUUUGCCCUGUCCCCUAACUUGUGCAGUCUCUGCAAAGGCUCUAACCUUGCUCAGAUAGUCUGAUUUUGAAAAUAUAUAUCCAGAAUGGGAGGCUCCAGUGACAUUUUGCUGAUGUAACGGAGCAAAAGGCCCACCCUGAAAUGCCCUCCUCGUUCCUCUUCCCCGCCUCGCGCGCCCCGAAGCCCUCUCCAGAGCACGCUCGGCUGUGCGGUGAAGCCUCUGCCCUCCUGCCCCGAACGCUGCCCGCAGCAGCCCCCGCCCACCUGCCUCUCAGGAGCCGGGGACUUUGCUGGGAGCUUCUUUAAGUGUCCCGUAAUGGGACUAGGUGGAGCGUGUUUGUGGGAGCUCCACUUUUACCCCUGCUGAUGUUGGCUUCAGCUCUUCUGUGCAGGGUUAGCUCACGUCUGCCCGUUCUCUCCCACGAGGUAAGUGAAGCCUGUCUCUGUCUUUCUAGAAUGAGGGGAGUUGGGAGAAGGGGCUUGCGGCUCGUAUGAACUGCCACAUUUCCGUUUGUGAGAGUGGGAGACCCAAGCCUGUCCUCUGCAGCCCUUCCUUCUGGAUCUUUCUCCCUCACCCCUUCACCGGAGCUAUCCAAGGGAAGGAGAGUAAGAAACAGCACCCCACACACUGCAUUACCACAUCACCCACCAAAGUUGAGUUUGUUUUUAUAAAGGUUACAUGCUUCAGCAAUCUUUUCUCUGUCUGAAAUACAGGGAAUUUAUUUAUUGUGGGGAGGAAAAAAACAGCUCACCCAAGGUGUCAGGUGUUCCCGUGCAUAUUUAUUAAGUACGUUGGAAGAUUUAGUUCUCUCGAGUCUUUUAUUACCUCAGAUCAGCUUGAAAAAUAAGCCAACAACAAACUUUGGAGGCUCUUUCACACUCCUGCUCCCAGAAGACUCUCGGUGCCUGACCGGUCACUCUCGAGGGCUUGCGUCUACUUGUUUAAAACUCAACGGGUAUUUUGUGUAUUCUAGUUUCCAUAGUAGGAGAGAAAAUAUAGAAAUAUUAUGCAAAAAAAUAUAGUUUUCUUUAGAUCAGAAACUGAUAUUUUUUGAGUCAGCCAUAUGUAUUUUGUUUAAAGGAUUUAGAAUAAAGUACUGUCAUGGAACCCUGUGGAAGGGAGCAGAGACCCAGCUGUUAGACAUGACAGGUGACUUCAUAUAUUUGUAGUUGGUCUCGAAACCAAUGCACCGUACUUCUUUCUCCAAACAGCCAUCUUUAUACUUAGGGGGAAAAAUUUGUUGGGUUCUAGACUUUUUUAAUAUAAAUUUUGUUGAUACGGAGUUGAGUACGUUUAAGUGUUUAUGUGCAUAUGUUUUUUAUAUAAGUUUUUUUUUCUAUUCAGUUUCAGUGAUCCAACUGGCAGUGAGUAAAUAUGGCAUAAGUUAAUAAAGUUUUCCCCCAAAAUGGUGCUUUGGAUUUGAAAAGGGUCUGAUGGGGAGAAGGGGAAAACAUCUUAGAUUCCUCUCUGGAUAAACCUAGAAAAACAGUCAACAGACUGCAGAUGGGAAGGACAGCAUCCAGCAAGAAGGGGCAGUGGCAGGCCGUGAGCAUGCGCCCCCGUAGAGGGGGCGCCAGGCUCUUCAGUGACUAGUGAUUAGGAUCAGGGCCUGGGUGGACUGGUGUUGCUUGUAGAGCAGCCGGCAGAGUGGUACCCCAGGCAUGAGUAUCUCUCGUGCUGCAAGGAUAUUCUGAUUUGGGGUUUGCAGUUUUUAUGCUUCUUUCACCUCCUGUUGUCCCCGCAGUUUUGCAUUAGUGAGUUUUUGUGCAAGGAUCUGAUUGGGGCCUUCUUAGCCUGCCCUAGGAAGGUGUCGGACAAUCUAUUAGAUGGGGGGUAGAGCUGUAAGUGGGAAAACCAAGGCUGGGUCUAGCCCUGGGGACAGUCUUGGCUAGGACCUUCCUGUGGUGUCCUCCACCCUCUGAAAUGACUCCUCCAUCCACCACCUAGAAACCCUUCUGGCACUGUGGCUUCCUUAGGGUUUGGGUUUCUUCUCCUCCUCGAGCUUCCGAGGGGAGAGGUUGCACAACGAAAUCAGAGGAUUACCUCACCCAGAGGGCGCAGCAAGCUCGCAGGUGCCCCGACACCCCUAAACGUGGCGUGUCCUCUCUUCCCUGCUCCCCUUGCCUAAUGAUGGAAGCAGCCCAAGCUGCCCUCACAGAGUGCACAUGUCCGCACUGUCCACUGCAGUGGGGGGUGGGCCGGACCCUUGCCUGCCCUUCCUAAGCCGUUCCAGCCUCUUCCUCAGAAGAGACAGAUACCCCUCCAUUGAGCUCCGUGCCAGUCCUCGACCUUCCCAACCUUGCUGUUUGGCCUGCUGUCCUCUUUCCUCUUGAGGAGGAGAGAGGAGAGAGGUGAGCUUCCCAGGACUGAACUGGCCUUUGGUUCCUGUUUUCUCCCAUAUGUAUAUAUGCCAUAUGUGAAUAUGCCAUAUAUAUGUACCAAGAGAUCUGUCUAUGUUGUUCUUUUCAAAGCAGCACGCAGAUAGGAAUUUUGAAUUUCUUCUCUUUUUUCAGUAACUGGUAUAACAAGCACUGGUAUUUUUAUAUAAAAAAGAAAAACAAAACAGAAGAUUGACUUGUGAUCUGCAUGACAAAAACAAAUGGUGGUCUCGAAGCCGUGUGCACCCCGCUGUGUGUUGCCAUAAUGUGCAGUUCAGCUUACCAGCGCGGCCAAUCUGUAUUUGCAUUCUGAUAGUAUUUAAACCCUCUGUGCAGUGUUUUGCAUGUGUUUAUAUGAUUCUUAGGGAAAAAAUGCUAUAAACUGGCAAAUCUGAAAUUCAAAUAUGUUGUUCCACUGAGACAGGAAGAAUAAAAGAAGAAUUUUAAAAGAAGGAAAAAAGGGAUAAGUUUUUUGGAACCAAUAAAGCUUUUUGUUGAUGAGCAGAAACCGGUACUGCCGUGCACUGAGAAUAAAAACCCACGCCCACUGGUCACUGCGCCGUCAUCAGUGUUCUCCGCUUUUGAGUCAUGUCACUCUGUGUCUGUUGAAGUUGAGAAGGGAUCUGCCACAGCCACGUCGAGAGCCCCAUCUCUGCAAGCCCAGAACUCAGCUUGUCGCUGGACCCUGACAUGCUUCUCUGCCAGCACUUCCCCCAGUGACUGGCGGCCCUGGUUGUCAGAUUCAUUUCCUGGAGUACGAGCUUUGUCUGCCCCCUCUGGUCAGAAUUUAUGAUCAGGGAGCUGUCAAGCUGGAGCUCUUGAGAAAGGAUCCGUUUAGAAGGAUAAGAGGCUCGAUGUUCCUUUUUUCUUUGCUUUUUUUUACUUAAUAAAAUACCUUUUGGGAAAAUUCA